AUGUAUCCAUGAGUGUUAUUUAGUGUAUGAAAUGUAACUAAAUCUAUCUAAACUUAAUUCUACCUAAAUGUGUUCUCUCUCUGACAAAAGUACCAGCUUAAUCUCCUCCCAAAAACCCACAGUUUGAGGAGUGAAUCAGACCCUUUUCAGACCUGGACAGAUUGAAAUGUCCAACCCCUUCAUAAUUCCCGCAAAACACCGCCAUAUACAGUCUAUGAGCACCGCAACACACGCUGUGACGUAACGAGGCCUCGCUCUCGGUAGUCACGUGAUUGUUGGGCAUGCCGAAGCAGGGAUCCAGACACUGUCUCGGAACACUUCCUCUCCAAAAGCUCGGCACUGUCCAGCAAACUGGCUCCAGCGUAACAUCAGUAGAAACAGUGUCCCGGUUCCCUGAUGAGAGACGCAGAGCAGCUGCUGCACCGACUCAGCUGCAUCUCAUUCUGUCAUCAGCGCAGUAUAUAGACGGGCCCCACAUGGCUCAUUGUUGCUGCCUCCAGACAGACACCACCAGAGGUCCUCCUGUAGAGGACCUGGAUCCCCCGGUAGAGGACCUGGAUCCCCCGGCAGAGGACCUGGAUCCCCCGGUAGAGGACCUGGAUCCCCCGGUAGAGGACCUGGAUCCCCCGGCAGAGGACCUGGAUCCCCCGGCAGAGGACCUGGAUCCCCCGGCAGAGGACCUGGAUCCCCCGGCAGAGGACCUGGAUCCCCCGGUAGAGGACAUGGAUCCCCCGGUAGAGGACCUGGAUCCCCCCAGCAAACCUCCGGUUGAGGUUCUUGCUAGCCGUCCUUCAGAAGAGGACAGGACCCCCCCGCCUCCUCCUCGGACCAGCUCCGUUCCCGGCCCUCCCCAGGAGCCGCCGACGCACGCAGCCGCACGUCCUGCGGCUCGAGGACGCGCCCUCCGGACCGCCGGACUUCCAGGAGCCCGACUGCACCCCUGUUCCGGUCUACCUGCCCCUUGAAGAGGACGCGGUGUCGUUCCUGGCUGCAGCUGCCGUGAUCCCCCAGGUGCAGAGUGCCGGCGUGCGCCUCCCCCGUUAGUGAGUUCUGGUCUAAGUUGACAUAUUCGUUAGUUUGUAGACUCUGACAAUAAAGCCUUGCUUGGUUUAAAUCUG